AUGAGCCAAUCAUCAGGUGUUCCUCUAUCAACCCGUGUUGCCGACCUCGUUCAGAGGACCCCAGAUGCCACCCUUUUUGUCGCGCCCGAGAGUUCCCUGUUAGGGGACGUAUGCCUUGGCGGUUGCGAUUGCAGAGAUGUGUUGGCUGCGUACCCCAUAACUCCUAGCGAGGAACGGCAGGGGAGACUCAUUUUCCUUGACGGCCGCCCAGCGAACGCAGGGAUCACGACACUCUAUCUUGAAGAUGAUGACGAUCCAUUGCGUUUUGCCGACUGGCUGGGUCUGAGACCGCCACCACUGCAUCACCUAGUCUAUGUCCAACCCGCCGAAGGCAUACCUCCUACCUCACAGGAUGGUGGUGUCUUUGUGUUUGGUUUCCGCCUCAAUUCACCUCCGUCACAGUCUUCAAGCUCCCCGACGAACCUCGAAUGCAUAUCCCAUGAUGAGGAUUCAAGCGAGGGAGACGCAGCACCACAGGAGGGCGAUGACGCCAGCUUUGGGACAGACACUGCGCCAAACGGAGACGUGCAUGAGAGCAUCCAUGGUGCUGGUCUGGCAGAGACUCAUCAUGAUGCUCAGCCUGAUGGCCCCGCCAAUGAAGUUCUAGAAUACUUAGUGCCUGGCUUGAAGCAUAAUCUCCGCAGAGAGCACUAUGCUACACAAGGGAUACGAGUUAUAGCCCAGAUGUGGGAGGACUUCAGAGAUUACUGUUUUGCAGGGCUUCGUCACCUUGGCUUACCAUGGCCAGCGAAUGGCCUUCAAGAUGUAAGCCCGCAUCUGGCCUUUUGGAGCCGGGGUCUCAAUGGAACCCCUCAUCCAUGUGACCAACGCCUGUACCCUUGGAACAGCAAGCCUGCUGCCCACCCCACACCACCAGGACACGAGAAGGAACCAGCCGAUCGAGUCCUUGAAGAGCCGCAGAGUCAGAACCGACAAGCGAGCAACCGGCUCACAGGUUUACGCGAGGUUACUAGACGGCUAGGUGACAGGUGGCUCCGAACUUUUCCCGCAGGGGCUCCGGCACAAGCAGAUCUGGAAGACGCCGCACAGGAUGACACCUCGUCCGCUGACCAUGAGGAGCUUGUGCAAAUCUGCGCUGUCAUCCUUGCCCCAGGAUACACCCCUGAAGUUGUAUGGGCCCUGGUGCCGUGUCCCGCAACCACUGCUGAAGCCGAAAUUGCUGCGCAAAUUGCCAGAUCUCGGCGGAGAAGUGAGGCCUUUCCACACAUACACGAAGUUAUCCCACAGCCGAUCAAGGGAUACGCCUUCUAUGUUGCCUGUGCGGAGUGGUCGUCCUCGCAACCCGCGCAAUGCCUGGAUGCGUCAAGAAUCGAUGGCAGGAUAUAUGCCGUCGCCACGCCUGACUAUGCGGCUAGGCACGAGAUCAUCAACCUAGCGACAAUUCCCGCCGAAGAGGUACAGGUUUGCAUAGGCAGGGAUCCUGAGGCAUUAGUUGACGAGACCCCUGCCCAUCUUUUCCCAGGUUCGCUCAUCAUGCUAAUGCCCCCGGGUGAGACUGUGCCCUACCGCCAAACUCUCGGAGAGGCGCUUCUGACGCCAUCAGGAUGGGCAGAAAUGCCUUAUGCCCCUCGGACUCAGGACGGAGGCGAUCAUGUGAUUUGUCUCGCCAGUGAAGAGGGCUCUCAACUUCAUCUUGUUGACAAUGAACGGCCUGCCCUAUACCGUUGUGGCAUAGCGGAAACCACUGGCAUCAGCAUUGAGCGAUUGCGACUACAGGCGGCACAGCCACCUUUUACUGACGUUGCCCUUCACGGCCUGAUGUGCGGAACUGUGCUCGCCGUCAGCCAGGGGCCUAGUGUUGACCUACACAGUUGGGCUACGCUGUUCAUCAUGGAUUGCAGACCCAUAUCUCAAGGCUUGAAGGCUGCAGGUGCGAGGAACGGUUCAGUGUGUCUGUCAGAUCUCGUUGCACAUAUCCACCCUUUACCUCCGAAAGGAUGGGCUGUCAGCUUCGAUGUACCCUUUGACGCACAGGAAAUCUGUCAUGUGUCCCCGGGACAAGUCUUGACUGCCACGUUUGCAAGACAGACCGCCCCCACAGGUGCCACUGCUGCUCUAACCGAGCGCCAUUCACCCUCUCGUGGCUCUACAGCAGAGGGGACUGCCAAUUCGGUAGGUACCUCCUCUGAUGGCCAGCGCAGCAUGCCGGGAACUGGCUCCAAUGGAGAGCCAGUAAGGGCGGAGGCACCUGAAGAUGACUCCACUGCAGUGCCCUUCUUGGUUUUUGCGCAAGAAUACUGGCCUGAGCUUGUGGUGUGUAGACUUGCUGCGCAGACCUCUGUUGGCGAGGCCAUCGCCAUACUAGCCCAGACCCGUAGUGCUGAGGAUCAUCGGCGUAGUCCGCGUCUAAUGCCAGUUUUCCCACAGCCCCUGACUGAGCAAGCAUGCGUAAUUGCGGUCCCCCGAUGGACCUUUCCAGGGGUUGUUGUGCUGAUCGACAACCGUUUCAGCAACCCAGGGAUUUUCGCUGUCAUACUUCCGCACGAGUGUCGCAGGGAGUCUAUCUUGAGGCUUGCCGGCAUUGAUGAAGAUCUCGCACCAGAGACUCUGCGGGUCUUCGUCAAGGACAUCCCAUGGCCGCUGCAGUCUGAUCAGGUCUUUUUCCCUGAAGAUGGCGAUCUUGUGCAGAUUUGCGAUGGAGGUCAUCGUGCCCCCAUGCUUCCGGACCUGGGACACCACCUUCAGUCCCAGAACCCGUGGAACUGCGCACCGACCCUAAGUGGAGAUAGGGAUGGAAUCAGCUGGAUCCUUACGGACGGGAGACAUACCGCGGUCCCUGUCGACAGAGAUACCUUUGCAGCCAGUAGCCUGGAGGCAGCCGAGACUCUCGGCCUACAGGACGGAGGUUUCGUUCUCGUCCCAGCUUCCCCGGACAUAGUUGAUCAUGCUACCAGUGGGCACUAUACGAGCCACGUCCUCAUAGCAUGUACCACGGAUGUCUACACGCCAGGCUUCGGAGCCAGCCCGAUUCCGUAUAUCCUUGAUCUGCGCCCCGUCCUUUUACAGCUUUCGUGGGCAUAUGCUGAAAAUGGGUGCCUCGACAUCCUUUCUUUAUGCACUAGACUGGCGGUGCGAUGCCCACGGGGACAUCAUGUGCGGGUUUAUGGGGGUACUUUCGACAGCGACAGCGGAAACCACCGCCGCACUGUCCGAGCAGGGGAGGUAGUCAGAGUCGAGUACCAGCCUAACUACCUCCUCGCCAUUCGUCACCCUGCUGAUGCUCCCUCGUUCAUACACGACCCCAGCGAUGACCGUGGCAGUUCUGGGCGUGGCAGUGCUACACAUAGUGCUCCUCCAUCUGUUUCGUCCAGCAAUGAUGCUGGCACAGGUGGAACCAGAUACCACAAUACUGCUCCGGGCCUCCAACACUGUGUGUCCUCCUUUCCAAAGUCAGGAUACAGACGCGAUGUGAACAGCCGGUGCCGGGAGCCCUCUCACAAGAUCGACCCGUGUAAGUCCGGGAUUGGUGCCCAGGUCCUGUUUGUAUGUAUCUGCCUGAUCCUUGGACUCAGAACUUUCGAGUCAGUAGGGCGUGCCAAUGUGGCUGAUGAGGUUGUUAUCUGGCUUACGAUUGGGUCUGCUUUCAGCCUCAGACGGGGUCUUCACAUCUGGAUCUGCAUUAUUUGCACCACCAUCAUGUGUGUUGACAGAGCUACGGCAGUGCAAGUCACUGCGACCGCAAUGAGGGCACCGGUCAGGCCAGAUAUUGAACUACCCAUCAUGGUGCCCCGCGUCAAGCCCGUCACCCGCAUCGGGGGACGUCCCAUCCCUACUCCUGUUAGAGCGCGCGGAACAUCCGCCACACGCGCAGAGCCGGUGGGAUACACGUGCGAAGUAGAGGUUCUCACUACUCUUCUUGAGGAUUCUGUUUCACAGAGACAUCCAGGACGCCGCGCUGACAAGGAGCCUGAAAACAUUCUUCGUCUAGAGCCACAUGUCGGCACCAGGACCUUUGAUCUGGCUGGGACCCAGCUCAGAAUCGGAUGCACACUAGAUCACGUUGUGAGGCUCUUGCACCACGAUCAGCUCGGCCUCUGGCCCCUCCCUGACGACGGGUCCGAGACCUUUCGAAUGUGGCGCGUCACAUACCCUGAUGCCAGCCAACAGGUUGCUGUAGGGCGUUAUGAACGGAUCGUUGCUUAUACCGAUGGCUCCUUUGACGGUCGAACCAGCUCGUGGGCAUUCCAUGCCAUCGGUUGCCAAGCCGGCGUAUGGCAUAGCCUAGGAUGGGCUGGAGACACGGUCCAGACAAAUGACAAGCAUGCCACCUUUCUUGGAGCAACAUCACACGGGGCCCUUAACGGCGAGCUUUCUGCUUUGUUCUGGUGCCUCAGUUGGUUGCUUUCCUUCCCGCCAGGGGUUCAGAUUCUCAUUCAUUCAGAUUGUACCACCGCCAUCGGACUGUCCGAAGGACGUGCAGGUCAAUACCGAGGCACUGACAUCAGUUGCCAUUGCCGUGCAGUCAUGCAGGCACUCCAAGCCAAGGGGGACUGCAGCAGACUUACUGUCCGACACAUGAAAUCACAUGUCGGCCACGCGGGUAAUGAGAUUGCCGACCGGCUCGCGAAGAGGCGUUGCCGGGAAGACCUGUCAGGCACAGUAUGGGCCUCCCAUCCGAUUACCCUCUUUCUGUGUAAUCAAUGGCUCCCAUGGUUGUGGCUAUUUGUCGAUGCAAUUCAGCGUCCCCAAGCUUGGCCGAUUCAGCUUGCAGACUCUUUUGUUGAUCGCAACGAGGGUCCGGCUCCACUGCCAACAAGUGACGAGUGCGAGAGCAUGCUAGGCUUGCCUCACUCAAGACAGUCAAGCCACGGACGAGGCCCACUCUACGCUGCGUUGUCGGCUGACCUGCUGACAGUGAACGUUCAAUCGCUCCAUCCCGGAGAGGGGCCUUCAGACGCCGACCAUACCCUUCCUCCUUUCCGUGGAAGGGCAGCCCUGCUCCGUGAACAGUUUGCAGAGCGGGGGAUCUGCGUUGCUGCCUUGCAAGAAACAAGGGCCCCUCGCAAUGAAACGAUACAGUCCCGCACCCACCUGAGGUUCUGCAGUGCAUGUGACAGCCAAGGUUCCUACGGCACAGAAAUUUGGUUCUCUAAGGAAGUCCCAUUUGUCUGCCAUUCGUCAAUCAAGGUCUUCUUCCAGAUUGGGGACUUUCUGGUUGUGCAUUGGGAUCCCAGAGUCAUAGCUGUGAGAUUUGCGCGAGCCCGGAUGCGCAUACUCUUUAUUGCGAUACAUGCGCCCACCAACUCUUCCCCUGAACGCAAUCAGUGGUGGCAAGAUUUCCGCCUGUUGAUUGGUCGACUGCGACAGGGGGCACAGAUUGUGCUUCUAGGUGACUUCAAUUUGCACCUGCACCAUGGACAAGAGGGACGGGUUGGGGAUCUGACGUGGCAUACUGCCACUCCACCCCCACAGGCCUUCUGGAACUUGCUAGAGGAUGCCGAACUGUGGAUACCCAGCACAUUCUCCUGUUGCCAUCCGGGGCCGUCGGCAACAUGGCAGUCCCCAGGUGGGACCACCACAUCCAGGCUCGACUACAUCGCCAUACCGUCAAUUUGGCAGGUCGCAGCUGGCCACAGCGCAGUGAUUCAUGAGCUUGAAUGGGGCCAAGCGCGCAUAGACCACUAUGCUUUGUGGCUGAGAACCAACGCUGCGCUCCGCAUUGAGCCCAAGAAUUCAGGGCGGAGAACCAAGCUUGAUACGCAAGCCAUGGGCACCGCGGAAGGGAAGGAAAAGAUCAAACAGCUGUGCCAAGCACUUGAGCCCCAACCGUGGGCUCUGGACGUUCAUCGACACGCCGCCUACAUCGAAAAUCAUUUCCGCAGCACACUGCCACUUGCUUUUCCAGCACCGCGCACACAACAGCGACGGUCAUACUUUCAGCCGGAGACGUGGCAGCUACGCAACCAACGUGCAUGGCUGCGCAAGCGUGUUCACUCAGCCUCACACUUCGGCAAAUGCUUUUCAUUGACCUUUGCCCUACGCUCCUGGAGAUGCUCGUGUCGAUUGUGGCAGCCUUGCCACAGGCUUUGGAGUAGGUGGUUACGAGGCCUCCGUGAGCUGCCGGGCCACCUGACAGCACUCCGCGCCACUAGCAAGCAGCUGCGGACGCGUAUACGCGAGGAUACUCGAGCUUACAUCCAUGAAGUCGCUGUCCAAGCGACAUCCGCUACCACCAAAGAUACCGUGCAGAAGCUGCGGGCUCUUACCGGGGGUCCCAAGCGGAAGCAACGUGGUCCCACUCCACUACCUUCCAUCGAGGUAUCCCCUGGACGCUUGGCCCUGACUCAUCAGGAGUCAAAAGAGAAAUGGAUAUCCCACUUUUCUGCCAUCGAGGACGGUCAUGUGCAGGACCCCGUUGCUUUUGUCCACGCGUGUUACCAUCGCCAAGAUGCGAAGGACCUUUCUGGAUAUACGGUGUCCCCGCUUGAUGUGCCCAACCUUGUUGAACUUGAAGCAGCACUCAGAGCUGCAAACACCGAGCGUGCCUAUGGGUUAGACGGUAUCCCUGGUGAAGUUCUACAUCAUGGGGCCCCUUUCCUUUCCAAGGAAGCAUUUUACCGCAUCAUUCGCCCCCUCAUCACGGGAGACCAGCCGAGUGACGAGGAGGUAGCACGUAUCUGCUCCGCUGUCCAGCUUCCACCCAAUACGAUGCAUGAGUUGCAUUCCUUCCUGGGUGGCCCUUCACUCGUCAAAGAAGCUGGUUCGAGCGAAUGGGCAGACGGCGCAGUCGCCGAGUCCCUUCAAGACACAUGGUUCAGGUUACCAGACGAGCCGGAGGUUGUUGUGACGAGGACAGGAUCCAGACCGGGGGACUCCCUUUCGGACCUAGUCUUCUCCUUUUUAUUCGCGAAGGUCCUCCGGCAAGUAAGGCAAGCCCUGGUCGAUGCUGCGCUUUUAGCCCGCAUCCCGUGGAGCCAAGAGAUGCACUGCAAGCUGGAGCCACUGGAGCAACCCGCAGCGAAUGAGAUUGGGUUAUCCGAUGCGACCUGGAUGGAUGACCUCUCGAUGUUUCUCAUCUCGCCAGAUGCACAGUCACUUAUCCGUGCUCUUGAUUUUGGGGCUUCAUCUUUGAUAGAUGCAUGUCUCCAACGGGCUCUGGUCCCCAACUUGGCCAAGGGGAAGACCGAAGCAAUCGUGCAGCUGCACAACAAGGGUGCGCGGCGCGAACGUCGGAAAAUUUUUGGAGAAGGUCAGGGCGAAAUCCCCCUUUCCUGCCGCAUGUGGACUGGAGCCAGACUCCGCAUUGUUCCGGUCUACAGGCAUCUUGGGGGCUUUCUCCAACACAAUGGGGGGCUCAGCCAUGAGAUCUCCUUCCGAUGUGCUCAGGCAUGGGAGGCUUUCAAUCGCCGCCGAAAAAAGGUCUUCAGAUCGACCUUGGUUUCCAUUGCCGAUAAAGCGCUGCUCUUCGACAGCUUGGUCUCCACGGUCCUUUUCCACGGAGCGGGCACAUGGACUGGGGUGACAUCAGUUCAUUUAGACUCCCUGGAUGCAGUGCUUAGGCAGAUGGCUUGCCAGAUGCUUACACCGAGGUAUACGUGUGAAGAGGCCUGGCACCUUGGCACAGCACAGGCCAUUGCGGCCGCGAAGAUUCCGCGUGCUUCCACUUACCUCCAUGUCUCAAGGCUGAGGUACCUGCUGUCGUGUGUCCGUCUCGAUGUGAAGGAAAUAUGGGCGCUUGCGCAUUGGGAACGCGGCUGGCUGGGACUCAUACGCUCUUCCGUCCGUUGGAUGUGGGACUUGACGCGCAAUUCAGGCGCGGAGGAGGACUUCCACUCCUCAUGGUCGCAUUGGAUAGAUGAAUGUCGACGGGCUCCCGGGAAAUGGAAGUCCAGGGUUCGCAGAGCACUUAGGGCAGCCGUAGAUGGCGAGGCAAGACAGGCCGCAUAUGAGCGGCAUAUUGGGCUGCUAACUAGGCAGCUAUGCCGCGCUGGUGCGCGUUUCAAUGUUGCCUCCCCGCACAGCCAUACGGGCCAACAGGUAUGUGCGCCGUGCCAACUUGUUUUCCAAGACUUGCGUGCCUGGUCGGUGCAUGCUUUCAAAUGCCACGGCCGCAAGGAUGAAGUGCGAUCGCUUGUUGAGGGCACACAAUGCCCUCAUUGCAUGCGUCACUACGCCACCACUGUCAGACUGUGUCGACAUGUACGACAUUCUGAUGCAUGUAGGCGUGCCCUUUUGAACCGCGGGGAAAGAGUUCACCCUGCUCCCGGUGUAGGCAGCCGCAAAGCUCCGAAAGAGCACCUCUUUUGCGCCCCAACCCUCCAGGCCGAAGGUCCAUGCCCGCAGGAGCUUGAUGGUCACCUUGAUGAUGAGAUGAACAGACCUUCAGCUGAAGUGUUGGAUUGCCUUGCCCAAAUUGACUUUGAUGGAGGACUCGCGACCAUGACCGACGACGAAAUUUGGGACCGCAUCAGAAUUUCCAUGUCCUGUGUUUGCCUCCCUAUCCAAAGGUUGAGAGUCACCCUCGAUGUCUGGGAGAAGGGGGAAGGUGUGGGAGCGCUGAACCGAUCCCAGGAGUCCCAUGCCAAAGUACACCGUGUGCUCUCUUGGUUGCGUGAGACUGACCUUGUCUCAGCCCUUGUUCCCGGCACGGACGAGGACUCCAGGAAAGCACAUGUCUCCGGUCCCGCCAUUGGGCCCCUGUGCGAGGCAGAUCUGCUCGCCAUCAACCUGCCAUAUCCUGAUGCUUGGACGAAGGAUCAUGUGCUCGUUGCUGUUGGCGCAACACCUGCUCUCAAGAUCUUGACCGCAUAUGGCCGCACUCCCCUGCUUUACAGCCAUGAGGAGUCCCUGACAGUGCUAGCAUCAGGCACCACUCCCGACUUUCUUGAAGAAAUAGAUAGAGGUUGUGGUUUUUGCUUUGACCUGCUCGGGCUCAAUACUCCCUCGUCAACCGAUAGUGUCCCUGCCAAGAAGGCUGACCUUGCGCUCCAGUCGAUACGCCUCGCCUGCGAUAUUACCCGAUGCGCCGUGCGCUGUUGGACUAACGGGAUACGUGCGUAUCUCAAAGUCCCUGAUCGCAAAAGCGUGGACAUCGAGACCAUCCUUCGCAUGCCAGGUGUCCGGCACACCCGACAGGAAGGUUCCGUGGCCUUAUGGGCUGGACAGGUUGACGAGCCGGCUGACUUGUUUCACCUUUCUUAA